AUGGAGCAAGAGGCGAUGGAGCGGGAGAACGGGCGGCUGCGGUCGAAGGUCAUCGAGCUGGAGGGGGAGCUGGAGCUUAUGAGAGAAAUGUCUCGCUCUCGCUCCCUCCUCCCUAAAGACUCUUUGCCUAUCGAGGGCAGUCACCUCGGCGGUAUCAUAAUGACCAAGGAGAGCAAGAUUGUUGUGCUCGACCAACGCAAGCCCAACAAGUAUCGCCAUGUCAAGUCGCGCUUGAUCCCUCCGAGCUCCUUCGGCUCUCUGGACCGAGGAGUUUCUUCUGCUCCUCAUCUCUUCGGGACCCUAGAGGAGAAGUUGGUCAGGGAGCCCAAGUUGUUUCAAACUGCCCUGGCCGAGCUCAGAGACAAGGCCAUGGGUCUCAAGACCGAGAAGCGAACGCCUCGCACGCGACUGCAGGUCAUCCCAGGCCCUCACAGCUACGGCGUGAGCAAGGACGACUUGAAUGUCAAGUAUCCGUUUGCUCUCAAGAAGAUCGUGAGGGAGGGGCUCAGGUACCUGAGGAAUGAGUUCGGCCUGCGGUUUGAGAGCGUGUUUGACUGCUUCGCUUACUUCGAUGCCUCGGGUGACUGGGACGUGAAAGUCAACGACCUUGUCGUGGGGAUUCGCAGGUUGAAGAUUGACCUCCGCCCGAUCGAUGCGGACGAGACGUUGAGGAUGGAUGACUGGAGACAAUCGCUCGAGUCUUCGCGGAUGAAUCGAAAAUCCAUCGUAGAGAGAGCGUACGCAGCUUCAGGCAAGCUCCUUCAAGAGCGAUCGGAGGAGAAACAUCAGAGCUCUACUCUCACCAAGUUUCCUCCUCCCUCCAUCCUCCACAAGCAGAGCAAGGGGUCUCAGGGCAGGCUCGAAGCUGACGAGCUUUCGAGCUCUGGUCCCGAGGACCAGGAUAACAAGGAGACGCGAGGAGGAGGGGAGACGCGAGGCAAGGAAGUGGAGUCGAAGCAGGAGCAAGCAGCUGCGAUCCUGAUCCAGAAGCGAAUCCGGGGGAUGCAGACGAGAGCGAGUCUGAGCGAGAUCCCGGAGGCAGGCAGCCUCAAGCUGCGAUCUUCCUCCCUCCCCCGCGAGCGAUCCCUCCUUCAGGAGCUCGUCCAUCAAGACGCCCCGACGCUUGCAGGGCGCGUGCUGGACCCGCAGGAGCAAGAGAUGCUGGGACAGAUUCAGGAGAGCAGACGGCGAGCGAGCAAGGGGCAGCGCAACCUGAGCUCGAGCGACGGCAACGCUCCUGCAGUGCGAGGAAGGAGACUGGAUGACAAUGUGACGCUGCCGAUGAACGACUUCUCCAUCGCCAAGACGCAGUGGAUCCUGACGCUCUUUGACUACCUUUGUGUGCGGGUUGACGGGCAGGGGAGGAGGACGACAAAGAUCGGAGAGGGGCAGGUGUGCGAGGGAAUCAUCAUCCCUGAUACUGUCAUCUACCGGCAGAACACGAUAGACGCAUGGUACUUCACAGACUCGACGGGCAGGCUGAACAAGAAGCAGCACACUAAAGAGUUCUCAACGUCCAACAUCCUCUCAGUGUUCCUUGCUAAAGAUCGUCUGCAUACUGGCAGCUCCAAAGACACUGCCGGGUUCGAGGGCUCGUUGGCAUCGGACGACAGCAAGGAGCCUGUUGCGUACUUGAUCGAGCUGUCAGAGGAGCAGAAGACAGAAACUUACCGAUGGAUGGAUCGAUCCUCCCUCGAGCUCUUUCUUCGAUCCCAUCACAAACCUCGCUCGGGCAUCCUUCAGAAAUAUGUCCGACCCAACGGCUCGCACAACCACACCAUCCGCGCCCUCUGGACCCCCCACCACCACAAGAUGGAGAAGUGCGCCAACAUCUACGAGUGGAGAAACCAGUCGGUUGCGCUCAGCACCAGGAUGUCAACCUUCGAAGGCCCCGCGCACUUCACGGAGACUACACAGCUGAAUCAGUUCCGGUCCAAGGAAGUUGCCAGGGCUGCGGGCAAGUUGAUCAGCCACGUUAACAGCCUCCUGCCCAGCGGGUGUCACGUCUGGCAGGGAAGCUUCUACUUCAAAGUGAACCCCUGUUCCCAGCUUGUGUUCCUCUGGACUACCGAGCUGCAGGUUCGGAACUCGUUCGAGGUCAAUCCUGGUUUCGUAUCUCGUCCUUACAACCACAUGGACGAGCGACCGGCCGUAUGCUACGAGUCUGAGAUGGACAGGAGGAGGAGAAUCGCUACUGCUCUCGAGUUUCUCGACCAGAAGUCGUUCGAGGCCUUGACGAAACAUGACAGAAAGGCUCUGAAGCAUCUCUAUCAGGAGAAGCUGACCUUUGAGAAGCUUGCGAACCUCCUCCCUGCCUCUCCCCGAGCCUCUCGAGAACAAUCGAUCGACUUUGGCGACGACUCUCAGCCAAGUUCCGUCGCAACCUCAAAGCCUUCCAACCUCCCCAAGCUCAAGCGCAGGCACCUCCGCAAGUUCUUCGGGUCUCUCGAGGGAGGUCAGGAGGGGUCAGGCUGGACGGCCAGGCAGGAGCUCUCGCCCACCAGCCCUCAUUCCGCCAAGGGGUCAGCACGACCCCAGCAGGAGUCCGCAGCUCCCACUUUCGAUCACUUGUCAAGCUCCUUGCACCCUGCCAAGAGCCAAGCGAAGCAGCCGCUGUCACUUGAAUCACUCGCAGCUCGGACGGCUAAGUGGAAGCCUAGCUCGGGGGUCAUAAAUCGCUCGUCCGGUCUCAGCACUCCUCGUCUCGCCGAUCACUCGGACAAGAGAGGAGAGGAACGAGUUGAUCUGUCUCCUCUCUUCCUCUGCCCGCUACCCAGUGCCGUCUGCUUGAAAAAAGCUCAGCCUCUCCCUGCUCGCACACUGAGCGUGACCUACCGUCAAUGUCUCGCGAUCCUCGGACCCCAUGCUGCUCCCGUCCUCGAGUUCAUCCUCUCCGCUGGAGCCGACAAGCGUCUACCUCCUGAGGGCUUCCUCCCCUCGCGCGAGUACAUACGCUACGUCCUGGGUGACAACCAGGACAAGGAGGAGGAGGAGAAGGAGGAGGACGUGAAGCUCAAGUGGAAGACCUCGCAAGACGAUCUGAUCAUGCGGACGCUCCUGCAGGCUCAGCAGAAGAAUCUGAAAGGAAUAUCAAUCUCGGAGAUGAUCAAAGAUGAAGAGUUUCUCAACAGAAAUGUGGAAGUUUGUGAGACAAAAUGA